UGCCUGAACCGGUGAGAAUUAGCGGGCCUGAGGCGAGCCCGUUCGCCCGGGCGAAAAUUUUUUAGGUCACGUGGAAGUAUGGGGUUGGUCACGUGUGUUCUUUCGCAGCUGUUGAUGCAGAUGCAGGUAAGAGAAUGCCGUGUGGAUCAGUUGAGCUACCGGUGAUGGCAACGUACCAGAGCGCUGACUGGAUCUUAGGAGAAAAACUCGAUAAGUGCAGAAUGCCGAUCUAUAUGAGACAAUAUUGUAGCAGUUUUUGUGUUCGUAUUCAUAAAUUACCAGUGGAAGUACGACAAGAUGAAUCGCUUAUUGUAGUCUCCAGUCGCGUGGGCACUCCUGGUAGGAGGCUCAGCCGUAACAGCAUCGUUGUUGAAGAGAUCGUGAUCUCGCUUAAGGUGAAUGACUCUUAGUCUGUCAUCAUUGUGCGAUGAUUGUGCCAGCAGCUACA